UUUCAAUAGAAAUCACUUCAAAUCAGAAUAUCCCAUUGACAAAUUGUCAUUAUUCUUAAAUAUUUGCUUUUCUUGGCCUAUUCUUUCCAGCGACAUGGCGAUACGUGAUUGGGUCGCAAUAUGUUAUGAAAUAUUCACGAGUGUAGGGAUGGAUAGUUUGUAAAGGAUUGGUAGAAUAUGCUCACGGCUGUGUUUGGCUUUGCUUAUAAAUUAGUUCCAUUCAACGGAUUAGGCUUAGGUAAGCGCAUAUUGGUAAACUCUGUCCUAAAACUCUAAAAUUUAAAACAAGCAACGGUCGACUCAUUCGUUUUGAAAUUAUACAUACGCGCAUAUUUCUCUCUCUCUGUCUCUGUCUCUCUCUCUUUCUCUCUUCUCGGGCUUCAGCUUCAAAGUUUAGUCCCUAAUCUAGUAAAAUCGCUCAGUUCCAAAGACUCACUUUUUUGUCUGGAAAAUUCCCAGAUACACCGUAAUCAAAAGCUUCUUCCUUUGUUGCCCAGGAUCUAAGUGUCGUGGUGUUCUGGGACUGGAGCGGAGGAGCUAGCGCUGGAUUCAUAUUGGGAACCUUAAUGAUGGCUAAUCCAAACUCAUCAACAUCGAUAGUCUCUUCAGAAUCCUCUGAAGAAAAGGCCACACAUAUAGCGGAUUUAAACAUGAACAUGUCUGAACUUUCUUUAAGCCAUCAAAGUCUAAUCACCUCAUAUGGUCCUGUCUCUAUCCUUUGGGACAUUGAGAAUUGUUGUCUUCCUAGAAGACUCUCCUCUGAAGCCGUAGCAGUUAAUAUUAGGAGGGCAGCUUUGCGGACUAACCCUCAAAUUAAAAAAGUUAUAACGUUUUCUGCCUAUGGGAAUUUUAGUGAAUUACCCCAGCGACACACAAAGGGCCUUCAGAAAAGUGGUGUCACACUCAUAGAUGUUCCAAAUGUGGGAAAGGAUGCUGCUGACAGAGCUAUUUUGGUCGACAUGUUUCUUUUUGCCCUUGACAACCCUCCACCUUCUUCGAUCAUGUUGAUCUCUGGGGAUGUAGAUUUUUCUGCGGCUCUUCACAUACUUGAUCAACGUGGAUAUAAUAUAAUCCUUGUUACACCAGAAGGUGCUUCAGCUGCCCUCACUAACGCUGCUAAGUUUGUUUGGGACUGGCCUAGUGUGGCUUGUGGGCGAGGCCUCGUUAGCCCCCACCAAGGUUGAAGGAGCAGCUAGCGUAAUGGAGAUGGGUGACGUAAUGGAGCUAGUGGGGAAGGACGAGAAUGGAGGAUAAAAGAAAGGGGAUCCUGGGAAGCUCAACUCCGCAAUAGAGUACUUGAUAUGACUUUUACAAGAAGGAAGAUAGCGUAGAUAGUUAUAAGCUCAAUUUUGUAAUAAACUUGAUUUUUUACUUCUAAUACGGAAGAUAGAGCAGAUAGUCAUAUAAACUCGACUCUG